AAAGGUUGGGGAAGAAGAAAAACCUCCUCCUCGUUGCUCAUUCAAUCGCGAAGGAUGUUGUCGAUACGCUUCGCGUCGCUUCGAGUCUCGGCGCUUCCGUCGGGGAGAUGGAAGAAGAAGAGGAGCGGGGGGAUCGUCCCGGCCAUUCUCGAGGCCAAUCGAAUGGUUCGCCUGGUCGCCCCUUGGCCAAUCCCCUUUUCCGCCAGCCAAGACUCUGCUCCGCUGGAUUACGAUCCGUCAAGGGAGCUGCUAGGGAUCGAUGUCGACCCGCAGCCAAGAAGUUUCUUCAGGAGUGUCCAUUCUGGUGCACAAAAGCUAAGAUCCUGGUUUGGUCCAAAUGGCCAGUACAUCCGAGAGUUACCUUGUCCUAGUUGCAGGGGACGGGGUUAUACGCCAUGCACGGAAUGUGAUAUAGAGAGAUCAAGUUCAGGUUGCUCCCAGUGCAAUGGAAAGGGUAUUAGAAUCUGCCGACAGUGCUUUGGAGAUUGUGUUAUAUGGGAAGAGUCGAUUGAUGAGCGACCAUGGGAAAGAGCUCGAUCUAGCUCUCCUCUGAAAGUGAAGGAAGACGAUGAAGUUGACAAACUGGAUAUAAAGGUUGAUGUGUCCAGAAAAUCAAAGCGUACAUACCAAUCGCCAUCACCUGAAGUCAGCUUAAAGAUUAGCAGAUCAUUACGAAGCCUUAAUGCUAAAACAGGACUAUUUAGUAAUCGCAUGAAGAUUAUACAUCAAGAUCCUAUACUACGAGCUCAAAGGAUUGCUGCAAUUAAGAAAACAAAAGGAACUCCUGAAGCACGGGAGCGGGCUUCUGAAGCAUCGAAAGCCUUCUUCCGUGAUCCGGAGAAUCGCCUCAAGAGAAGCAUAGCUAUGAAAGGAGUAAAAUUUUACUGCAGCAUCUGUGGGGAGGAAGGGCAUCGGAGACACUACUGCUCAACUCUAAGGGAGACUUCUGCUCCGAUACGUUUCAGAUGUCGCAAAUGUGGGAAAUUGGGGCACAAUCGACGGACUUGUGGCAAAUCGAAAUCAGACAGAAAACCACAAAAAGGGAGCCAGAGUGCGUCGCGCCAUUGCAGUUUGUGUGGCCAAAACGGGCAUAAUCGUAGAACGUGCACCGAAUUGAAUCAGCCAGGAUUAGGCAACUCAUCAUGCACUGAAACCCCACUGAUUUCUGUCACCAAAAGAACUUACUCAUGCAGGUUGUGUUUGGAAAAAGGGCACAAUAGCAGGUCAUGCUCGAAAAGAGAGGCCAUUUAGGAGGCGCAUUGCUUGCAGUCUGUGCCAUUCAAGUUUCUUGCUACCUUCCAAUUGAGAAACCGCACAAUGCUUGAUGGAGUUGGUGCUACAUGCUUUAUGCUAACAUGGGAUUAGUUGAUCACCACCUACUAAAUGCUGGCGUUGGAGAGUCUUCGUCCAAAUUUUACACAG